GGGAAGCUUCUAACUCCCUCUCCACUGAGGGCUUCCUGUUUUCUCUUCUUCACUACUGUCAGAAACAACUUGGCAGUGGCAUGGCCGGAGGGGUCCCACACCUGCUGCUGCUGCCUGUGCUGCUAGUUCUACUGACCUCAGGUUCUGGGGGAAAGUUACCUGAGGAACUUCACCAAGCGCUGGGACAGACACUGUCUCUGAAAUGCCAGUACUCACCCAUGACAGGGCCUUAUCAGUCCAAAGCCUGGUGUCACCAGACUUCCCCGAAUCGAUGUACCAUACUAGUCCACAGCUCCAAAGCCCAGACAGCAGCUCAGAAGUCUCGAUAUACCAUCUGGGAUGAGCCCAAAGCUGGCUUCUUCAAUGUUACCAUGACUCAGCUGAUGAAGAAUGACUCAGGAUCCUACUGGUGUGGAAUUUACAACUCUUCUAGCAAAACCAUCGUUGUUCUCAGAGAGAUCAGCCUGGUGGUGACUCCAGCACCGACAACUUCUCCUAUGUGGACCCUCACCUCACUCCCAACAAGGACAGUUCUGAUCACUUCUCCAGAGGGGACCUCCAGUCAUCCUUCUAUCAAUGGCUCUGACACCAGGAAAUCCAGUGCCCCCCUCUACCUGGACUCUGCUGCCCCCAGACUCCUGGUCUCUGUGCUGUGUGGACUCCCUGUGGCCAUAGGCCUUGUGCUGUGAGUCCUGUUUGGCCUCCUGAGCUGCAGGCGCCGGGUCACAGGAUACCAUGGGGACACCCUGAUGGAGGCUUCUGAUUCUGCCAGUCCAGCUCCAGGACCCUUGGGGGCAUUGGGCCCACCUGUGGGUCCAGGCUAAAUCCCUGUCCUCCUGGCUCUGAGCAGCUACUAGGAGCCACCCUAACCCUGAGGCCCAUAGCCCAAUCAGGAAAGGCCAGCACCCAAGCCUAUGGGAGACCACUGCUGUCCCCAUACUUCCCUGCUGCCACCCCCAUGUGGGGACUGAGCUUUCUUAGAUUCACUUCUGCUGCUCAGUCCUUCAAGCGGCCCCCAAGCAGCAACUCCCAGAGUCCACUUGUAUCCUAGUCAGUGCUUGGCACAGGCUCCUCCCCCCAUGCGCUCCUGUCCUCUGCCUCUAGGACCUGCCGGUCCCUCAACCCAGCCUGAGCCUGCAGCACCAGGAUGCCUCCCCGUCCCCUGCUUCUUGCCUCUGCUCUGCCAGAGUCCUCUAUGUUUCUUGUGUGUAAACUCCAGCCUCUGAACACAAAUGUGUCGGGGCCCCAAGCAGGAUAACAGAGCUUCCUCCUUGCUUUUCUCCCCUCCAUCCUCUAAAUGAGAGGAAAAUGAUUCAGAAAUAAAUGAUACAUUGAAACUAA